CAAGCAAUCCCCGCUAAGUACGUAGCUGAUAAACCAGCACCAAGACGCUUCUUGUCCAGUCUUUUCGAUCUUUACUCUCUCCUCUCCCCCCCGUAAAUUAUUUCCAUCAUAUCUUUCUCAGACAGCAUAUCGCUAUGGCCGAAUCAGUUGGGGUUGAAUACAUCGGGUGGGAAGAUGACUUUCGCUACGCCGAAGAGAAAUCUCGUAUCACUGAGCAUAUUGAGAAGAUCGCAAAAGAUAAUGGAUUCGCCUACGCCUGUGUGCAAGACAUGAUCAUGAAAUAUCGAUACAGAUCUCAAGGGCCAUGGAUCGAUGUGCACUUCAAACGUGGGAGAUGGGUCACAGACGGCCUUGAUAAAUAUGUAUUUACAAGAUUGUGGUUUAAUGAGGAUGGCGACCUUGAAAAAGAACCCGAGUUCUUCGAGGUGGAAAAAAGGAGCAUCUAAGCUCCAUGAGGACUCCAAUGUUCUCUUCUCCUGGCUAGGUAGUACCAAGUAAAGUAGGGAGGCGGACUAAAUCUCACAAUGAAGCGGAUGGGAAUGAAUCUCCCACAUCGUAUUCUACCUUGUCCGUUCUUCCAAUAAAAUUCGAGUACCCU